UGGUCCCAGUUGCACAACAGCCACAGCCUGCUGCAGAGCUUAGACUUUCUUUUCUUUUUCUCUGGUAUUUUCCUAGUCCAUCAUUUUUUAUUUUGGAUCCACCAAUCAUGCUUUUCUGGCACAGCCAACCUGAUCAUUACUGGCCAAGCCCGGGGGAAAUGUAUCCUUGCUCUGGAAGCAACAUUAUAAGGGAACCCCUGACUUUGCCAUUCCUGAAACAGGAAGAACCAAACAGUAUCUCCACGUCAGCCGAACAGCACUGCCCUUCUUUCCAGUAUGUUCUAUGUGCCGUUACAUCUCCAGCUGUCAAGCAACACGAGGAGACCCUCACCUAUCUCAACCAAGGGCAAUCUUAUGAGAUCCGGAUGCUAUGCAAUCCCAAGAUGGGAGAGUUUGCAGAGGGGCGCAAGUUGCUGAAGAGUGUUGUCAGGGUGGUAUUCCAUGACCGGCGACUACAGUAUACUGAACACCAGCAGCUGGAGGGAUGGAGGUGGAACCGGCCAGGUGACCGCAUCCUGGAUAUUGAUAUCCCCAUGUCCGUCGGCAUCCUUGAACCUCAUAUCCACCCGAACUUGCUCAACACCGUGGAAUUCCUGUGGGACCCGACGAAGCGGACUUCUGUCUUUGUCCAGGUCCACUGCAUCAGUACUGAGUUCACAUUGCGCAAGAACGGUGGCGAGAAAGGCGUUCCCUUCCGAAUCCAGGUGGACACCUUCCGGUCCAACGAGAAGGAGGAACAUGUGGAGCAUUUGCACUCAGCCAGCUGCCUCAUCAAGGUCUUCAAGCCCAAAGGAGCAGACCGGAAGCAAAAAACAGACCGGGAGAAGAUUGAGAAGCAGUCCCUUCAGGAGCGUGAGAAAUACCAGCCCUCGUACGAAAGCACCAUGCUGACAGAGUGUGCCCCAUGGCCAGAAGUUGCCGGCAACCUUCAGAGUCCUCCGACCACCCCCGGCCUUCUCUCCCCCCAUCCAUACAAGUUUCAGACCCCUGAAAGUGUGUGCUCCUCACCUGGCUACACCUUGGAUAGCUCAUCAGAGAGCACAGCAGAGGCCUUGAGCCCGAGUGCUUCCAUCUUGGAAACCCAACAAUGGUUGCACAAAAACAGGUUCCCCAAUUACUCCCGGAUUUUCGCCAGCUAUACAGGAGCUGACUUGCUCAGGCUCUCACGCACGGACCUUGUGCAGAUCUGUGGAACAGCAGAUGGAAUCAGACUCUCAAACGCGCUAAAGGCCAGGUGUGUGCGCCCUCGGCUCAUCCUUUACGUGUCCAGGGAGGUGGAAACAAGCGAGAAUGUCUCUCCAAAUGCAGAGUCUGCCCUGUACCAGGAAUUGUAUCUGGAAGAGCUGACCGCCAGCGAGCUGACCAAUAAACUGGCAGAACUGCUCAGCCUCCCUGCCAACCAGAUUCAGCAGGUUUCCAGGCAGGGGCCGACAGGAAUUCACAUCCUUGUCAACGAUCAGAUGGUCAGAAAUCUUCCAGACGAAUCCUCCUUUGUAGCAGCUGUAACAAAAGUGCAGAACACAGAAGGUUAUCACUUAGUUCUAAAAUAGACUCGGACAUUACAGAAGAUGACACAACGCUGGCCUCCAAGAAGAUGAGGAGCAAAGGGAUGCAGAAGCAAGCAUAAUAAUAGAGAGAGUUAUUAAAAACCACAAGUUCACUGUAUCUCAUUGAACGCAAGAUUUUGCAAUGCUGAACUCUUCAAGAUCUGGAGCCAAAGGACCAAGCUGGCUUUUGUUUGUAGCAAGAGAGAUCUGCAUCGCAACUGAACACAGAAACAGCUUUCCAUCCUGCAUCUGAAAUUUGCAAUAAGAGGGUGGGAAGCAAGUUGAUGAGCAAGCAGGAUGAGCAAACAUGCUUUUUCUUGCUAAAGGAGGCAGCAGAGAUGCUGUUUAUACGUUAGAAAGUAUCCAAGGCAGAUAUAUUUGUGUAUAGGAUAAAAUUAAGAGGUUUUUUUUUUUAAAAAAAACAAAACCACCACACCCAAACCUCACAGGUUUUUUGCUACAGCACUGAAGUUCCACAACGGUGUCAAUAAUUGGUUAGCAGAACUGUUGCAAAAGACAUAUGGCUGUUUUUUGGAAUCUGUUGUCCGUACAUAACCAUUUUCAGAAUGGAAGAAUGGCUGACCUGCAUCUGCCAUGAGGCCUUGGGAGCAACAGCUUCCUGACAACACCCACUGCACAGAUGGGCGCCAGGGAUCUAGCUGGGAGUGCAAGAGGUCUCCUAGCUAUCUAAACGCUUACACUGCUAUCCUUUAUGUGGCAGGUCAUUGGUAUAAUUAAUCAGUUCUCAGGCGCAAGCACAUCUUUAAUCUUCUCCAGCUCCUGCUCUCAGCCCAACUUAACACAGGGCACAAUCUACUGAAUAUCUUGCCCCCUGCAAGCAGAGGCCAAUUGUAUGUGCGAGGGAGGCACCACCACCCCUCCUCCCCAAAAGUGCUUGACAACAGUUUUAGUGUGCAUGCAUGUUAGACUGGUUCGGUGAGUUUCUGUUGGGCAGCACAAUCUGUAGUUAGAAUGUCAAGCUGGAGAGAUGUAUCACCACCACAACAACUGGAGAAGGGGGGUGGACAGCUGCACACUUGGCAGAAUGAGAAUCUGUUAAUGGCGCAUUUCUUAAAACACCAAAUGCUUGACCUCCAGUAUGUAUUCUAACUUUCAGGAUAUAGUGAGGUUGCUUUAAUAGCCAGACUUGUUUGUCUGGUGCUAUCCACUUACAGGAGUUUGGAUGUCAAUUUCUCCAAUCAAACAUUGAAAGGAGGUGGUUCAUAAAAAUCUCAUGGAAGCUUUAGGCUGCAAUUCUACAUACUUACCUGGAAGAAAGCCCCACUGAAUUCAAUGGGGCUCACUCAAUUCUACAUACUUACCUGGAAGAAAGCCCCACUGAAUUCAAUGGGGCUCACUCACAAAGUUGCAUAGGAUUGUGCCAAUGGUUACGAACUUCAAUGUUGCACUUGAUCUGUAGACCAGAAACACAAACUAUUCCAAACCACUAGCUUUCAAAUGUUUUUUUUCCAAGAAAGGUAUAUGCCUUUAUACUGCUUAAAGCAUUUGUUUCAUGUAUUAGUAUUAACUGCAAUCUAAAAAAGAAAAUCUAUUUGUAUUUUGAUGUAUUUGUCUAUGCCUUUUUAUAUUAAAAAAACCAGCUGUGAUUUACUGCCA